AUGUCAAUGUUACUCUGCUCGUUCUUCUUCUGCCUCCUCUUUACCUCCGCUCCUCUCGCCGCGUCGCGAGCGUUAAACGAUGUCGACGUUGCGGUGAAGAUCCUGGACGAGCAGGAGGCCGACCGCGUCGAGGGCCUGCCGGGGCAGCCGGCGGUGGGGUUCGAGCACUACGCGGGAUACGUCACCGUCAACGCCGCCCACGGCCGCGCCUUCUUCUACUGGUUCUUCGAGGCCGCGCAGAACCACACGCACAAACCUCUUGUGCUCUGGCUCAAUGGAGGGCCCGGAUGUUCUUCGAUUGGGUAUGGGGCGAUGGAGGAGCUUGGCCCUUUCAUUACACAAAAGAAUGUUUCAGAGCUCAAAUUAAACAAGGAAUCCUGGAACAAUGAGGCUAAUAUACUGUUUGUGGAGUCACCUUUUAAUGUGGGAUUUUCUUAUACAAACACCAGCACAGAUGUAGCACACCUCCUCAGUGAUGAAGCAACUGCAAUCGAUAACUACAAUUUCCUUGCAAAUUGGUUCAAGAAGUUCCCACAGUACAAAUCCCACGAUUUCUACAUUGCAGGAGAAAGCUACGCAGGACACUACAUUCCUCAACUUGCUGAGAAAAUCUUCGAUGCGAACAAACACAUAUCAAAGGAGGAUUACAUCAAUUUUAAAGGAUUCAUGGUUGGUAACGGACUUAUGGAUGAUCAAACGGAUCAAAAGGGACUCGCGGAAUACGCAUGGGUUAACGGCAUAAUCCCCGACUGGGUGUAUAGUGAUGUGUUGGAUUAUUGCAACAAUUUCGACAAUGAAUCCGACUCCCAUUCCGUCGUGUGCUCCCUGGGCAUGUCAGAGAUCUACGAUUGCUACAACCCCAUAAACAUUUACAACAUUCAUUCCCCCGUGUGCACAAACAAUAAUUCGUCCACCGCCGCGAACCGACGACCGCCGUCGAAGCCCGGAUCUAAUAGGAGUUUCUUUUUCAAAUACAGAGGACCGAGCAACAGACCGCGAGCAGGAGUGGAUCCUUGUGAUGACAGUUAUACGGUAGCGUACCUAAAUCGACCGGAUGUACAAAAAGCACUACAUGCGAAUGUGACGAACAUUCCGUAUAGCUGGGAUCUUUGCAACAAUGACUAUCCAAACUGGCAAGUGGCACCGGCGUCGGUACUGCCCAUUAUUCGGAAGCUCGUAGGUGGAGGCAUUCGAAUUUGGGUUUACAGUGGAGUAGAGGAUGGAAGAAUCCCCGUCUCUUCGACGCGAUACACGAUGGAAAAACUCAAUCUUACUAUAACACAAGAUUGGCAACCGUGGUACAGCAACAGUCAGGUCGGAGGGUCGAAUAUUGUAUACAAGGGCGGUUUGACGCACGUGACGGUGCGCGACGCCGGCCACAUGGUCCCGAUGGAUUCUCCGACCGUUGCGCGGAAGCUCUUCGCACACUUCCUCGCAAACAAACAGUUGCCUGCAAAUCCUCCAAAUUAA